AUGGAGACAGGAUAUCCGCAGCGGCAGAGGACGGGCGGGGGGCGGACCGGAGGGGAGGAGAGCAAUUGCACUGUGGAUUGUGGAUUGUGGAUUGCGGUUGUUGUUGGGAUUUGGAAGCUGGAGAUGUUUGGCCGCCAAGACCGGGUGGCUGACUCAGCAGGCCGGAUGCAGGCCAGUGAGACAGACGGACAUGCUCGUAGCUCUGUGCGGUGUGGAAGGCGAGUGGCAGCGUCUUCGGCUCCUAGCAAACGGGAAGCCAAAAGCACAAAGACGGAGGAGGCGUCGCACAUGUUGAAGGCCUCAUAUGCAUGCAUGCUCCAUGAACUCAUCUGGAGUUCGCUAGAAGUUAAGGAAUCUGGUGGCUGGCCCUGGGGCUGCCUUAUCGUGUUCCCAGGUGUUGGGUUGGGCUCCGUUUGA